AUGUCAGUGAUGGAAGGAGAGUCUGUAAUUCUACGUACUAAUCUUUCUGAAAUACUGAACGAUGAUACAUUACUCUGGGCGUUUGGGCCUAAAGAUUUGUUCAUAUCUCAGAUAACGAGAAAGAACGACUUUACCUCUCUUUUUGUCACCGAUGAUGUGAGAUUCGCAGACAGAUUGCAGGUGGACCAAAAAACUGGCUCUCUCACCAUCAGAAACACCAGAAACAAACACUCGGGACAAUACUACCUUACAAUCUCAAGAGAAAAGACCACAUCCAGGAUAUUUCAUGUGGAUGUCUUUGGUGUGGUUGGUGAGACGGAUGGAGUGAAGUCAGUGUCAGUGAUUGAAGGGGAACGUGUCAUUCUACAGAAUGAUGUUGAAUUACUGAAAAAUGAUCUGAUAGUAUGGAGGUUUGGAGAUAAAGGCAUCCUCCUAGCUAAAAUCGAUGUAGAAACUAACAACCUUUCAUUAAAUGAUGCUGAUGAACGAUUCAGAAACAGACUACAACUAGAUCAAACUGGAUCUCUGACCAUCACAAACGCCAGAACUGAACACACUGGACUUUAUGAAGUACAGAUCAUUGGCCGCGAGAGCUCACAGCAGUUCCUUGUUUCUGUCAGUGCUGAUUUGGGUCGGUCUCCAACUGUCAUAGUUGGAAUAGUUGUUGCUGUUCUGCUGGUGGCUGGACUUUUAGCUGCUGUUGUGAUUUACUAUCGCCGCAAGAUCUCUGAACUACAAAAGCAAGAGGUGUCAGGGACGGAAGGAAGAACUGUCGUUCUAAAGACUGAUACUAAACUACAGAUCGGUGAUGAGAUAAAGUGGUGGUUUGAAGAUGACAACAAACCCAUAACCCAAAUCAGUGAAUGGACCAUUACAGACACUGAUAUAGAAUGUGAUGUUACUGACGAGAGAUUCAGAAGCAAACUGCUGAUGGGUGGUAAGAAUGGAGAUCUCAUUAUCAGUUAUAUCAGGACCAUUCACUCUGGAGUCUACAAAGUACAGAUCAGCAGCAAAACCAGAAGAACCAAAUACAAGAGAUUCAUUGUUACUGUCAGUGUGAAGAAAGUGUUUGUGACGGUUGGAGAAUCUGUCACUCUAAAGACCGAUAUUGAAAUACAGGAAGGAGAUCUGAUACUGUGGACCUUUGGAGAUAAAAACCGUCUUGUUGUUAAAGCUGAAUCAGGAACACCUAGUAUUAGUGAGAGCUUCAGAGACAGACUGCAGCUGAAUGAUCUGCACUGCAAUGGAUCUCUGACCAUCACGAACAUCACCAAUGCAGACUUUGGACAUUUUAAACUACAGGUCCUCAACAGUGAACGGAACAGAUUCAGGAGAUUCAAUGUGAUCGAAGGAAACAAAGUGAAGGAAUCAGCAGAAGCGAAACCACUGCUGGAUGAAGAGGGUGCGAGUUCAGUUUAAUAAGACACGCCCACCACUGUCAAUCUUUGUGACAUCAUCAACACUUGAGCUGAACAAUAUAUUUGUCAUGAAUCCGGUCCCUGUUACUCCUCCCGCUCACCACCAGAGGUCCCCUUCACCACACAGACUGUUUCACCCUUUCACCCCGGACUACAUUUCCCAUGAUCCAUUUCACACUACACUGAAUGCGAACACACCUGUAGCCAAUCACAUGGACUAUUUAUCACACACACUCACCAUCAUUCCGGGCUGAGUAUUGUAUGUAUGUAUCGUUGUUUAGC